AUGUCUUCGGAAGGCAUCAAAGUUGCAAUUUUCGGCGCCGCCGGCGAAUCGGCCGGGCGAAUACUAAGCGGGUUGCUCGAAUCGAAGACUCCUAUAUAUAAAGUGACUGCUUUGGCCCGGUCUGCAUCGUCCUCGAAGCCGGUCUACACGGAGUUGGCCGCGCAAGGCGUCAACGUCGUCGCUGUUGACUUAAAUGGGCCGGAAGCGGAACUUGUAUCAGCGUUGCAGGGGCAAGAUGUAAUCAUUGCGUCGGUUCCUCCCAAUGCCCUGGAGUCCCAACUGCCUUUGAUCCGCGCCGCCAAGCUUGCCAACGUCAAACGUUUCAUACCCAGCGCUUUCGCCAUGGCUAUCACCCCAAACGGUGUCAGCACCGUUCAAAAGGAAAAAGAGGAGAUUUACGCGGAGCUCGCGGCUUCUGGACUGUCCUACACAAUAAUCGAUAAUCUAGUUCCUGGGGACGGAGAAAUGAAGACAUACGUGGUUGACAACGAAGACGUUGGGAAUUUUGUCGCUCGUAUCAUCGCAGACCCCAGGACGAUCAAUAAGAGAGUAAUGGCUGCAGGAGCGAGCUUAUCUUUCAACGAGAUGUUCGGCAUCGCCGAGGAGUUGACAGGGGAGAAAGCUCUCCGCAAAUACGCUUCGGCGGAUGAGCUCAAAAGCAUGAUCGACGAUAUUAGCUCCAAGAGUCAAAAUGAUCCAAGCAAUUAUUUUCUCCUCGUGGGCAAGUUCUGGUUGGAGUAUUACUACUCGUCUUUCAUUGAUGGCGACAACAGUCCCGAGGGAGCGAAGCGUCUAGGCUACAUUCUUGCCACUGAUCUCUACCCUGAUAUGAACCCACGUUGCUUCAAGGACUUUUUCAAAGAUAUCCUGGCUAAAAGGAGACGGCUUCCUUAUUCCGAUAGGUUUUAA